UGCGCCCACGCUUCGCCCGCCGCACCAUGCCGCCCGCCUACCGCCAGUCAGCAACUGCGACUCGUGUUGGCUGAACAUCCGUAGGGCCAUCUUCUUUAUCUUGCGCUAGGACCACUAAAGGACAGUUACACAAAAUGGCGGAUGACGAAAAAAAGCGUCUCGAGGAGGCGAAGAAGGCCAAACAGGCCGAGAUCGACCGCAAGCGCGCUGAGGUGCGCAAGCGCAUGGAGGAAGCCUCCAAGGCCAAGAAGGCAAAGAAAGGUUUCAUGACUCCUGAGAGAAAGAAGAAACUUAGGUUGCUCCUGCGUAAAAAAGCAGCUGAGGAAUUGAAGAAAGAACAGGAACGCAAAGCCGCUGAGAGGAGGCGUAUCAUUGAGGAGAGGUGCGGUAAACCCAAGAACGUUGACGAUGCUAACGAAGAUGCUCUUUCGAGGGUUUGCAAAGAAUAUCACACCCGCAUCGGCAAGCUUGAAGAUGAAAAGUUUGAUCUGGAAUACAUCGUUAAAAGAAAAGAUAUGGAGAUCGCAGACCUGAACUCUCAAGUAAAUGACCUCAGAGGCAAGUUCGUUAAACCAACACUGAAGAAGGUGUCCAAGUACGAGAACAAAUUCGCUAAGCUUCAGAAGAAGGCCGCUGAGUUCAAUUUCCGUAACCAAUUGAAGGUCGUCAAAAAGAAGGAAUUCACCCUUGAAGAAGAAGACAAAGAGGCCCCUGCUCCCGCGAAGAAAAAACCAGACUGGUCCAAGGGCAAGCCAGGCGAUCAGAAGGAAGGAGAGGCACCUGCGACACCAGCGGCCGAAGGUAAUUUUUUAAAAUAAAUUUCACUAUACUUUUUUUUUAUUUACAUCCCUGAAAAGGAAAAAAAACGGAGACACUUUUUCUCAAUUUCUGUUAUUAUCUUGAUUUUUUUAUGCCAUUCUUCUUCUUCUUCCUGGCAAUUUAUCCUAGCUUUAGCCAGGGUCUACCUUCCUGCUCAAACUCCUCCACUUUGCACGGUCUUUAGCAAUAGCCAUUGUAAAACAGUAAAGUAAUAAUAUCCCAUAACUAAUUGAGAAAUGCAACAAUAACUGUCACUUUGUUUUGUAAUUGGAAAUAUAACCUUUACAAUAGUUCUAUAGUAAUUGAAUGAUAAUUAAUAAUUUUUAUUUAUAUGUAUUUUUUUCUCUUUCCAGCACCAAAAGGUAAGAUGUCAAUAUUUUAUAAUAUAUAUCUUAAAUACGAUGUGAUAUUCUAAUACUAUUCUUAUUUUUCAGCAUGAAAAUAAUAUUUUUCUUGAUAGGACAUCUCCACGGAACUACAUCAAAUCUAUAAGUUACAUGAACUUUAUAUAUUUGUAUAAAUAUAAAAUUUUGUUAUGUUAAUAUUUUAUAAUAAAUUAUGUUUACAUUAA